CUGAAGGUGAUCAGCUUGCAUGCUGAAGGGUGAGAUUUUAUUUGGGUAUACUUCUUUAUUCAUACAAUCCUGGUUAAUCCAAUAACCUUACUAAAAUUACACUUAGUUGAGUGCCUUAUCUAACCUGUGGCUGCUGUAAACUUUGCUUAGAAAUCAGGCUGCAGAAAGUUGAUAGUUCCUGAUUUAAUUAUAAAGCAGCUAUUGGAGCAAAGUACACCGACCUAAGGCUGCCUGCCAGCUCCAGGUGCUGCUGAGCAACCUCUGCAGAGCCAGAGUGGUGGUGGCCGCGGGACUGCUCCUCGUCACAGCCACGCUCAGCAGAAGCUGGCUGCUGUCAGGUUUGUCACUACAUUGUUCAUUGAGCAUUGUGAAUCGUUCCAUCCAGUGAAUAGGAACUCUGUGAUCCAUUUCCUGUACAUCAAAGCGUCCUUUUUGCUUUUAUCAAGAAGAUGCUACCUUUGAGGAUGUGAAUGGGAUAAAGAAGUCCAAAUGCCAUUGACAGUUGAUAGAACUAGGGUCCAAAACACACAGCUCACUGCUGAAAAUGUGAGAUGAGUUUCAAAGGGUACUGGAAAUGCAGCAAGUUAAUGAAAGAGGGAGGAGAGGCAGUCCUUUUUAGAGACGUAAGACUUCUGAUUGAUGCAGUUGAAACGCAAUGGGUCCAUGUCUUCCCAGAAACUUUCCAUGCCUUAUUGCAGCUGGGGCUCAACUCAGACUCCUGUGAGUGCUUCUUCUAUUUUGGAAAAUGCCAACUCUUAUGACAACGAAGUGUUUGGAAUUGAAAGACCAAAAAGAAAUUUUCAGCAAGAUUCUUGGUUAGAAGAAAGGUUCUACAAAGCACUUGAAAGACCACUUACUCUAACGUCCAACCAUGCAUUUCCUGAGAAAGCUGUCAAACGUUAUAAGGCUUAUAUCUACCUGUCUCCACAGUAUGCUGUAAAACAAGAAGAGAGAAUAAGUAUAACUGGGUUGUUGUCUGGGAUUGACACAGUAACAAGAGCUCUGAAGAAGGAGAAAAAGGAGAAAUUUUCAUCUUUCAGAUCCUUGGAUUCACCCAGUGGUUCUCCUAGACCAUGCGAUAUUCCUGGGUUUCAGAUCACACACAAAGGCAAAGUAUACCAGGACUGGAGAGGUGUGAUUGUACCAAAUCCUGUGAAGGAGCAUGACCAAAUGAGGCAAAAAUGCGUAAGACUGAAGGGUAAGAAGAUAGACUUCCCAGUCUACAAAAAGAAAAGUGCUGCAUCAGGUGCUAAGUCAGAAAGGAAAAAAAUGAGAUCCUCUCCUAUUGCAGUUCAUGAAGUCUUUCAACAGUAG